ACACUGCUGGAGAAAGUUUAGGGAAUUGCUAAAGGCGCGGGGGCUGAAGAGUAGAGGAGCCUUUUAGACGCGAGGCUGGGGAGCCUACCGUAGGGAAGUUCCCCAGGCGCCUUGCAGCUCGCCGCCCCCCAACUUCAAACCCCACUCCCUUCCCCGAAAGUUAAAAGGAAAGCCACAUAUGCUGCUUCGCCCUGCUCCUCCUCAAUAAAUAUUACUUUCACCCUCCCACGGGAAAACAGAAAAGAACUCAUUUCCUUCCCUAAAGUUUAGAGCUUAGAAAAGCUCUAGACCUCGCAAUUUGAUCUUUAACCUGGGGGAAUCAAACUAGGAAAGGGACUGCUCUUGUCUCCUCUUUCAAAAUCCCACACCGCAUCCUUCCCGGGACGCCAUGUCUACCAGCACUUGUAGUUUCAAGGACCGGUGCGUGUCCAUCCUGUGUUGCAAAUUCUGUAAACAAGUGCUCAGCUCUAGGGGAAUGAAGGCUGUUUUGCUGGCUGAUACUGAAAUAGACCUUUUCUCUACAGACAUCCCUCCUACCAAUGCUGUGGACUUCAUUGGAAGAUGCUAUUUCACUGAAAUCUGCAAAUGUAAACUGAAGGACAUCGCAUGUUUAAAAUGUGGGAACAUUGUAGGUUAUCAUGUGAUCGUUCCAUGUUGUUCCUGCCUUCUUUCCUGCAACAAUGGACACUUCUGGAUGUUUCACAGCCAGGCAGUUUAUGAUAUUAACAGACUAGACUCUACCGGUGUAAACUUCCUACUUUGGGGCAACUUGCCAGAGAUAGAGGAAAAUACAGAUGAAGACACAUUAGAUAUCUCAGCAGAGGAGUGUAUUCGAUGAAUGGGAGGGAUAAUGAUAUGUAUAAUAUUCAGACUCUUUCCUAUGUAAAAUACAUAUUAAUGGAUUGACUUUAAAUGUAUUAGUAAGGAUUUACUACUGAUUUCUCUUUUUGGGGGGAAAAUGGGACAUUUGUUGAUUUAUUUAUUUGCUAUCUCAGUCUCAUUACCUGAAUUUAAUUUGAGCCAUUGUAGUUCUUUUCUUCUACUGAUUCCUCUUCCUCUCUCCACCCCCCACCCAGUAAAGGUGUAUUCUUAAAUUCAGGUUGGAGAAGAUUAUUUCAUGUGUCACUCAACUACCUCACAAUCUUGGGGAAGUUUUCUUACAAUGAGAUACCAGAUACUGUUAAUUUUAUACUCUUGAAUAAAGGGCAUUCGUACAUAUACAUGUGUGUAUGCCAACCAAGCAUAUAUCCAUGCAUAUUACCAUGCAUACAUAUGACAAGCUCAACUGGAAAUUAAAGUUUAAGAGGAAUUUUUUUUAAAAACCAAGCUCUUAGGUUUCCAUAGAUACUGGUUAUCCUGCGUUAUACUGACGAAAACUCCUUAAAAUGGAACAAGACUUUGUGAAUCAGCAAAUAGAAUAAGAUAAAACUUUAAAAUCUAUGGAGAAAAUCUCUUAAUCCCUCAGCACGAUGUUAGGUAAAUGAAUUUGUCACAAAAUUAUCAAUAUAUACUGUUUAGCAACAUUAUUUAUGUACAUUCUUCUAAAGUCAUCUGGUUAUUGUGUUAUGAAAGCGGAUCAACUAAACCUCCAUCUUUCUUCUCUUCUCUAGGACUUUCUCUGUAAAUAGCAAAUUUUAAAUGUGUAGUCUCAGUUCCAACCCUUAAAUAGAAAAAAACUAAAGAAGUGUUUUGCUUAAGCCAUUAUACAUUAUAAAGAGAAUUUUGUUUUUGUUUUAAGCUGCAUUCAGAGCCACACAGAAAUAGGAAACUGGGAUGGUGUUGGAUUGUGAUUUUAGGUACAGCUAAAAUCAGUGUAUCGCCUUAGUAAUACCUCAGCUGUAGGCAUUUUGU